AUGAUUAACCACACCUAUCCCAAUGGCGAUGAAUCCCAAACUCAGAACCCUGAUCCCUCGGCCAGGAUUCGCAAUUCGCCCCCACUCCAGUAUAUUGCGAACACACGCUACCCUCAGAAUAUGGAUUCAGCCCUUCACCGAACCGCUGCCCCCAGGACGGUUCUGAGCCUAUCAAAAAUCAAUAACUUGCUUCAGCUCUCCGAGUGGGAAGUAAAUACGCCGGACGACGAGCUUCCCGUAAGCUUUAUCUGGUAUACUAUCGAGUGGAAGGUCAAAGCGCAUAGUUCGGUUGCCCUAGCGUUUUAA